AUGCCAACGUUUGCACUUUUCUCUUCUGGCCAAGACUUCCUAUCUGUAAUUUAAAAGCUGGAGUCCCAAAUGCCAGUUGCUAGUUGCCCAGUUUCCACAGGGUGGCAGCAAAUGUGCAGCAGAAACAAAGCAGUGUUCUCUGCUGUUAUCCACAGUGGCUCAAUGCUAGGAUAUAUGUGUCACCAUGAUAUUCAAAUAGCUCAUUAUCACAUUGGGAUGCUUCAACAAAGCAAACAAAGUGUUUCUGGCUUAUGGUGGUCCCCAGAUAGUACUUGUGGUUCUAGUGAUGGUCUACUGAAUAUCUGGCCUGAUAAGCUCAGUGUGAUAAUGUAGGGUAGGCCAUUGACCUUCAUACACCAUUCCUCUGCAGUAAAGGCAAGGAGGUGGUACCCAUGGCAAUUAGCAGUCAUUGCUACUGGAGGAGGCGUGAAGGAUCAGUAGUUGCACAUCUGGAACAUAAGCAACAUGAAGCAACCUGAAACUGCACACAGUAUAGGUCACAAUGGAAGAAUUUUGCAUAUGGCACUGAGCCCAGAAGGAAACAGAGUUUUUACUGCUGCAGCUGAUGGCACAGCUUCUGUCUGGAAAUAUAGGAUUGUGUAA